CAUUGAUAUUUAGAUUCCAUUAGAGUCAUUCACCGCUGCACAGGUUUCAGCCCGCUUCCUCGCGCGGCAGUUGGUUUGAGCCUGUCAAUUCUCCCGGCGGAGCUCAUUUAGUAAACAACCGGCCUGGAGAAUCCGCUGGAGUCAAUGAUUGGCUGUUCGAGGGGAGGGAGUGACGCUUAGAGAGAGAUGGGAGGAGGAGUAGAUGUCCGCAAGAAGAACAGGAACAGAGCUCGCUAGUUCCCCCGCCCACACCUUCCGUGCACUUUCUCUCAAAUCAACUUUCUCUCGCUCUCCAAAAAAUGGUGAGACUGAGCGAAGAGCUGCACCAUCCCGGACCUCUCCCGGUGUGGGGUGUGAUGACGUAGUGCCAGUAUGAGAUAUGAUGGAGAAGCUUUGGACCAGCCUGUCGGAGGUGUCUUGGAGCUCCGUGUCGGUUCCGUUAGAUGCUGUGGUCAGUAAGGUCCGCUUGCCCUGUCUGGUCCGCCUGGCGCCUGGGGAGUGUGUAGAUGGUCUGUGUGAGGAUGAUAUGGUGGUGCUCCACUCGUGUCGUCAGUGGACCACCGUCACCGCUCUCUCUCUGGAAGAAGGACACUACGUCAUCGGACCCAAGAUAGACAUUCCUCUACAGUACCAGGGUAGGUUCCGUCUGAUAGAUGAAGACAGAGACGUUAGGGACCCCAUCCAGUAUUUCUCCUCGGUGGAGGAAGUGGCCGGAAUGUUCCCUGACCGUGUCUUCGCCAUGGAAACUAUCAGCUUCACUGUCAAGGUUCUGUCAGGGGAGUUCAGUGAGGACAGUGAGUCAUACAGUGUGGUGCUGCAGCCUGGUGAUGAGCUGUCACUCACGGGAAAGGCAGAGUUUCUCACAGCCACGCCCACCACGGAGAAGACUGGACUGAGCGCGCUCCUGAGACGCCUGGGGAAGACCCCCCGCAGUAAAACUCCAUGUCUGGUGUGUAUGAACCAUCGGACCAAUCAGAGCAUCUCUCUGCCCUUCGCCUGCCGAGGACGGUUCUGCACGCGCUCCCCUCUGGAGCAGGGCAUGCUGGGAGCUGACCACACGGUGCGCAGCAUCAUCGAAAGGGUCCGACUUCCUGUUAAUGUUACCGUGCCGACCAGACCACCACGGAACCCCUACGACCGCCACGUGGUGAGAGAGGGGCAUCGCUACAAGCUUUUGAACAUUGUCAGUAAGACAGUGGUGUUGUGUCUCGUCGUACGGCCAAUACAACUGGUUCCCUCCCACUUCCUGUUGCUACGCUGCAUGCCGCGCUUCUCUGUGGCUACGCCCUCGGCAACUACAGACAGCCUGUUGCUACGGCAACAUGCCAGCUUCGACCCUGAUGGGUACAGUCGAGCCGUCCGUGAGACACGUCCAGAACUCAGCGAGGAGAGAGUGUGUGUGAGCGAGGACGGUGUGUGUGUGAGCCCGCGGAGGGGAGGUGUGUGUGUGUCAGCUCAGGACUCUCAGCUGCUGUCCGUGUGUGUGUUCGCUGGGGGCGGAGUUACAGACAACGUCAGCCAAUCGCAACGCUGCAGAGACUCUCUAGGGGAGGGGACAGAGUACCUCUCUCCCAAUUGGACAGAGGCUGAGCUGCAGACCAGUGAAGAGAUCCCCUACGAGGAACUGUGGACCAAUCAGACUGCAGAGGGCCUGGGGAAGGCAGAGCCAAACCGCAUCUCCGUCCAUUCCUCUUCCUCUUUGGAUGGAUUGCUGGGGACUGCCCGCCUCGCCAUGGUGACAAGAGUAUCAACCCCGCCCCCUGUACCUCCAAAAUCAGACGCAGUGAGAGAAGAGUGCAGGUUCCUGAUCGCUCCUCCAGUUCCUCCUCGAUGCUGUAAAGGAGACUCCUCCCCUUCCUGUCCAAGCCCCACCCCCAGUCCACCGGUCCCGCCCCGCUUCCCUCAGACACAUCUCUCCUAUUACUCUUCUGGACCACCCAACAGUUGUUCUGUCUCUCCUCCAGACUCAUCUAUCUACUGUUAUCCAUGUUCCUGGACUGACCCCUCCCACAUCAGCCCUGAGCCAAUCCCUGCUCUCCCUGCUGACAGCUUGGCCAAUCCCCAGCCAGCGCAGGCCACCUGGGUGGAGCCGUGGAGCUAUAAUUCCUCCUCCUUCUCCCGGCUGAGGCUUCCGCCCCCUCAGAGUCGAUUCGCUCCCUUCGGAGCACUUAACCCCUUUAACCGCCCUAGUCUCUCCCCCUGCCCUUCCCCAGAGCCUAUACCAGCCAAUCAGACAGCAGAGCUCUCCAGAGGCGCCGAGGGAGGCGGGACAUGUGAGGGGUCGACUCCGCCUAGUGACCCUGCCUGGCGCCCGCCCACUGACCUGUCUGCCCUCUCAUUGGAGGAGGUGUCUGCCAGUCUGAGGUUCAUUGGCCUAUCAGAGGCAGCGGUGGGCGUGUUCCAGAGAGAGCGCGUUGACGGUAGCCUCCUGGUUCAGCUCGACGAGGAGACCCUGUCACAUGACUUCCAUCUCAGCCGAUUGCACGUCACCAAGAUCACACAGUUCAUACAGGGUUGGAGGCCCAAGAUUUAACACCUAUUGUGACACUGUCACAAGGUGUUUAUCACAACAUUGGAAGCUGCUGAUUGGAGGACGGCUCAUAAAAAUGGCUGGAAUGGAAACCAUGUGUUUGACGUACUUGAUAGCAUUCCACUCCAGCCUUUACCACGAGCCCAUCCUCCCCGAUUACGGUGCCACCAACCUCCUGUGCGAUAUACGUAAAGGACGAAGGCAAGGUUUGCUAUUUUGAUGAAGUACUGUAAAGCCGCUCGAGGCGAAGGUUGCCCCUAACUGAAACACUACAGAUAAACACUACAGAUAAAAACUACAGAUUAGGAAAUUGUCAGAUCAAUAAAUAGUUUCUCACUAUUCCAUCUGUGUUGGAUUGUCUUUCGACUCCACCAGGCGGCCUUGCCGUCUACUCCACCAGGCGGCCUUGUCGUCUACUCCACCAGGCGGCCUUGCCGUCUACUCCACCAGGCGGCCUUGUCGUCUACUCCACCAGGCGGCCUUGCCGUCUACUCCACCAGGCGGCCUUGUCGUCUACUCCACCAUGCGGCCUUGCCGUCUACUCCACCAGGCGGCCUUGUCGUCUACUCCACCAUGUCGUCUACUCCACCAGGCGGCCUUGCCGUCUACUCCACCUUGUCGUCUACUCCACCAUGUCGUCUACUCCACCAGGCGGCCUUGCCGUCUACUCCACCUUGUCGUCUACUCCACCAUGUCGUCUACUCCACCAGGCGGCCUUGCCGUCUACUCCACCAGGCGGCCUUGUCGUCUACUCCACCUUGUCGUCUACGCCACCUUGUCGUCUACUCUACCAGGCGGCCUUGCCGUCUACUCUACCAGGCGGCCUUGUCGUCUACUCCACCAGGCGGCCUUGUCGUCUACUCCACCAGGCGGCCUUGUCGUCUACUCCACCAGGCGGCCUUGCCGUCUACUCUACCAGGCGGCCUUGUCGUCUACUCCACCAGGCGGCCUUGUCGUCUACUCCACCAGGCGGCCUUGUCGUCUACUCCACCAGGCGGCCUUGUCGUCUACUCCACCAGGCGGCCUUGCCGUCUACUCCACCUUGUCGUCUACUCCACCAUGUCGUCUACUCCACCAGGCGGCCUUGCCGUCUACUCCACCAGGCGGCCUUGUCGUCUACUCCACCUUGUCGUCUACUCCACCAUGUCGUCUACUCCACCAGGCGGCCUUGCCGUCUACUCCACCAGGCGGCCUUGCCAUCUACUCCACCUUGUCGUCUACUCCACCAUGUCGUCUACUCCACCAGGCGGCCUUGUCGUCUACUCCACCUUGUCGUCUACUCCACCAUGUCGUCUACUCCACCAUGUCGUCUACUCCACCAGGCGGCCUUGCCGUCUACUCCACCUUGUCGUCUACUCCACCAUGUCGUCUACUCCACCAGGCGGCCUUGCCGUCUACUCCACCAGGCGGCCUUGCCAUCUACUCCACCUUGUCGUCUACUCCACCAUGUCGUCUACUCCACCAUGUCGUCUACUCCACCAGGCGGCCUUGUCGUCUACUCCACCUUGUCGUCUACUCCACCAUGUCGUCUACUCCACCAGGCGGCCUUGCCGUCUACUCUACCAGGCGGCUUUGCCGUCAUUUUUCAGCGGACCAGGAGUGCCAACUUAGCCCAGAUGAGAACUGAGCGUCCCCUAUUUGCAAAAGUAGCACACCCAUGAACACACCCUGUACUUUCUGUCUGUUCGCUGUGGUCACCCUCAGUGGGCAGCUUCCUCAGUGGGCAGCUUCCUCAGUGGGCAGCUUCCUCAGUGGGCAGCUUCCUCAGUGGGCAGCUUCCUCAGUGGGCAGCCUGUGACAUGACUUCCACUUUAGGACGUUAACAAGGCGACACUCCAUCUUAACUCCUCCUCCACAUUGACUUGAUUGUUUGAACAGUACAGAAGAGAACCCCCUCGACAGUAAAAAUGUUUUUCUCGUCAGGACCAGAAAGAAGGAAACACCGCUUAGGCAUUUAUUUUCCUCCUGCAACGUUAGGUUAGCCAUCUUACAUGUCCCUUCUUAUUGGUUGAAUCAGAUGCUGUGUACCUUCCGAUUGGAUGAACCGGAAGGUGUGCCUUCGCUAUUCUUCUUGGGGCAGCAGGGUAGCCUAGUGGUUAGAGCAUUGGACUAGUAACCGGAAGGUUGCAAGUUCAAAUCCCCGAGCUGACAAGGUACAAAUCUGUCGUUCUGCCCCUGAACAGGUAGUUAACCCACUGAUCCUAGGCCGUCAUUGAAAAUAAGAAUUUGUUCUUAACUAACUUGCCUAGUUAAAUAAAGGUAAAAAUUGAUUGGAGGAGAGAUAUACUGCCACUUGGAGGGUGAUUAGUGAAGUGUGCAGAGCAUUUAAAUCUCCAUAUUUCAAGGUGAACAUGUAUCCCCCUGCUGGACAGUCAACCUAUUACAGAAAGAGCACAAGUUUAAGGUCUCGAUUCAAUCAGAUCGUUGGAGUCAUCAAAUCGGUGACAAGCUGCUCUUGCGAUCGUUAACCCUUCCUUAACGUUAUUGAGUGAAUUAAGAAGGAAUGGCGAUGUAAUUUGUAGCGAAAUGUGGUCAGACGGGAGAGUUUGAGUGAUGAAGUUGGACAGAGAAUAUCAACAUCUCUCCGCAAGAAACACUUGGAUUGUAAAAACACAUAUAUUCUGUCAAUUGAGCCUUAUUUUAUAUGUUAUAUGUGGAUAAUAGCUAUAGCUAGGCCUGUCUGUAGGAUUGAUUUGUCAUUUCAAUAGGCCUAGGCUACUAAAUACAAUCUGGGUUUAUGAUUGUAAUUCAACUUUGCCAUGGUUUGCUUAGCUAGAUGCAGGUAGCCUAUAACUCCUGAUAGGCCUGUUAGAUAGGCUACAGUAGACUAGGCAAGAUGUAAAAUGAACAAUUUACUACAGAAGCUUGCUUAGUUCAAAUUGACAGACUAAUUUAUUGAAUCUGAAUAGCGAGGAGAUUUCUGUAAAAAGUGUUUGUGUUGCCCAAUAGCCUGGAUUUGACAGCUCUAACGCAGUUCUACCUUCGAACACCUCAAAAUAAUCGCUAUGCGGAUCUGAUUGAAUCCAGCCCUAAAGUCUUUAAUAGGCUGAUUAGGAAUUUGUUCCAGGAAAUAAUCUGCCACCUGGUAAGGUUAGCAAAGGGCUAAUGUGUGCCAGGUUAUCUGAUGGGACCAGCUACAAUUUAGCAUUCUGUCACAUGACACUACAUCAACCAUUUUAAUUGGCUGAUGCUUAAACUUAACCUUGAACUUAAACUUUUUCUAAUGUUUGCCAGUAUGGGCCCAUGGUGUUUGUUAUGCAACGUUUUGGAUUCUUUAGAUAGAAAUAGCCUUUUGUAGACCAAAUAUGCCUUUGACGUGUAGAAUAAGGAAUAACAUCAACUCUGUUCAUGGCAUUUCUAUCUGCAACUGAACAGGCCCUGCAGUAACUACAAACUGUAGAGUUAACUAACCUCUGGUUGUGGCCCUGCAGUAACUACAAACUGUAGAGUUAACUAACCUCUGGUUGUGGCCCUGCAGUAACUACAAACUGUAGAGUUAACUAACCUCUGGUUGUGGCCCUGCAGUAACUACAAACUGUAGAGUUAACUAACCUCUGGUUGUGGCCCUGCAGUAACUACAAACUGUAGAGUUAACUAACCUCUGGUUGUGGCCCUGUAGUAACUACAAACUGUAGAGUUAACUAACCUCUGGUUGUGGCCCUGCAGUAACUACAAACUGUAGAGUUAACUAACCUCUGGUUGUGGCCCUGCAGUAACUACAAACUGUAGAGUUAACUAACCUCUGGUUGUGGCCCUGCAGUAACUACAAACUGUAGAGUUAACUAACCUCUGGUUGUGGCCCUGCAGUAACUACAAACUGUAGAGUUAACUAACCUCUGGUUGUGGCCCUGCAGUAACUACAAACUGUAGAGUUAACUAAGCUCUGGUUGUGGCCCUGCAGUAACUACAAACUGUAGAGUUAACUAAGCUCUGGUUGUGGCCCUGCAGUAACUACAAACUGUAGAGUUAACUAACCUCUGGUUGUGGCCCUGCAGUAACUACAAACUGUAGAGUUAACUAACCUCUGGUUGUGGCCCUGCAGUAACUACAAACUGUAGAGUUAACUAACCUCUGGUUGUGGCCCUGCAGUAACUACAAACUGUAGAGUUAACUAACCUCUGGUUGUGGCCCUGCAGUAACUACAAACUGUAGAGUUAACUAACCUCUGGUUGUGGCCCUGCAGUAACUACAAACUGUAGAGUUAACUAAGCUCUGGUUGUGGCCCUGCAGUAACUACAAACUGUAGAGUUAACUAAGCUCUGGUUGUGGCCCUGCAGUAACUACAAACUGUAGAGUUAACUAACCUCUGGUUGUGGCCCUGCAGUAACUACAAACUGUAGAGUUAACUAACCUCUGGUUGUGGCCCUGCAGUAACUACAAACUGUAGAGUUAACUAACCUCUGGUUGUGGCCCUGCAGUAACUACAAACUGUAGAGUUAACUAACCUCUGGUUGUGGCCCUGCAGUAACUACAAACUGUAGAGUUAUCUAAGCUCUGGUUGUGGCCCUGCAGUAACUACAAACUGUAGAGUUAACUAACCUCUGGUUGUGGCCCUGCAGUAACUACAAACUGUAGAGUUAACUAAGCUCUGGUUGUGGCCCUGCAGUAACUACAAACUGUAGAGUUAACUAACCUCUGGUUGUGGCCCUGCAGUAACUACAAACUGUAGAGUUAACUAACCUCUGGUUGUGGCCCUGCAGUAACUACAAACUGUAGAGUUAACUAACCUCUGGUUGUGGCCCUGCAGUAACUACAAACUGUAGAGUUAACUAACCUCUGGUUGUGGCCCUGCAGUAACUACAAACUGUAGAGUUAACUAACCUCUGGUUGUGGCCCUGCAGUAACUACAAACUGUAGAGUUAACUAACCUCUGGUUGUGGCCCUGCAGUAACUACAAACUGUAGAGUUAACUAACCUCUGGUUGUGGCCCUGCAGUAACUACAAACUGUAGAGUUAACUAAGCUCUGGUUGUGGCCCUGCAGUAACAACAAACUGUAGAGUUAACUAACCUCUGGUUGUGGCCCUGCAGUAACUACAAACUGUAGAGUUAACUAAGCUCUGGCUGCUACAGGGGGUUGCUAUGGUAAUUUGCUAUGGUGAGGUCUAGUGUUGGUCUCUUUACUGAUGAUGAUGAUGAUGAUAAUGGUGUUUAACCAGGGUUUGUAGUGAUGAGGAUGUUUAACCAGGGUUUGUAGUGAUGAGGACGUUAAAGGUGCUCUAAGAAAAUUAUAAUUUAAGAUGGCUUCAACAUUAAAUAGCUGAGUACAUGUUG